AUGAAUUACUCUUCCACUUUAUCAUUGAAUGAUAACAUUCAGUAUAAAAAGCCUUUGAAAUAUAGAAAUAGAGCACGAAGUUUAAUGCAAAAAAAUAAUAAAAGUAUUUCAUCAUAUAAUAAUAAAAGUAUACAUAAUAAUGGAACAAGCGUUAUGCAUAAAAUAAAAAGAAUGUUUGCAAGAAAGUCUAAUAAUUCCGUAGAAAAUGUUCCUAAUACAAAACUUAAAACAAGUGAAAACGAACAUGAUCAGAUAAAAGAUUAUAGAAAUAUAAAUGAAUUCCCUCUUAAUGUUAAUCAAAAUAUAGAAUGGCAGCCAGUUUAUCAUGAAACAUGUAAAAUAAAAUUACCGGUAGAAGAUAGUAGUACAAAGGUAUCUUUACCACAAAAUCUUGUUGAUGAUUGGGUGCAUGAUCAAAAAAAUAUAUCUAACGAACUAAAUAAAUCUAGGAUUAAAAAUAAAGAAGAUGAUGAAAAAACAAAUUCCCAAGAUAAUUGUUUUUAUAGUAAAAAUAUGGCACAAAAUUCCUGUACAAGUAACAAUGAGGAGCCUUAUUCAAAAUUUAAAUAUUACUACAAUUAUUAUUUGGUAGAUGAAUAUUUAGAGUCUUUGAUUGAAUCUCAAAAUAAGAAACUAGAUGCAACUGGAUUGGAUGAAGAGGGACAACUAUAUGAUAACGUUAGUUUAAAUGUAAAGCCCAUAAUAAUGUCAAAACAAAGAUUAGAAAACGGAGUUCCAUAUGAUCCAUCAAAAAUAAUGAAUUAA